CUUCGAUCCUCCGGUCGCAUAGCUACGAUGUAGGGCGACGGAGGCUACAGGCUGACUCAAAACUGGUGCGCGAGCGAAUUGAUCGGGAUUCCUCGAGAUUUCUCGUGUACAUUCAUUUUGCACCGAGUUAUAUGCACACCUGUGCGAUACACACGUUGGUUUUUGGAAGCUCGGGGUGCUGAGUUUUGAAUCAACCUGUAGAAGCUAACAAGUUCUUAUUCGUACCGUUUUCUUGGUUAGCGGAGCGAUUCGCCGCGGAGUUCUUUCCACUGGUUUCUUUGUUCUUUUCGCGCAGGUGAAACGAGCGUUUGAUCGUUCGGCCUUGUCCGACACCUGCUCGUUUACGUCAGAAGCGCGUCGAUGCGGUUUGCGAUUGAAACGGGGAAAUUCGGAGAAGGGAACCUUGGUUUGAACGUUCAGCCACUGGUAGAAUUUAGUUGAAUGUCGUUUGAAACACGUUGUCGUUUCCCGCGAGUCUCAUUUAUGAAGCUGGAUAUAAUUGAACGCGUUACUCGUUCUCCCCGAUGAGCGAAGUUUCAAGAAGCUGGUGGAGGUUGAAGGAGGCAUGAAGAAUACCUUGCUGACGGGAUUGGCGGAGCUGGUGGGCACCGCGAUCCUGGUGUUCAUUGGGUGCAUGGGAUGCGUCGCCAGCCUCGGCGUGACACCGUCCCACCUGCAGAUCGCGUUGACCUUCGGCCUGGCGGUGAUGCUCGUGAUCCAGAGUAUCGGACACAUCAGUCAAGCCCACGUUAAUCCCGCUAUCACGGUGGGAGCAGUGAUCCUCGGGAAGAAGACGCUUUCCGAGGCAGUGGUGUACCUUUUAUCGCAGCUGAUCGGUGCGGUCCUCGGCUACGGCAUGUUAAAGGUGGUGACGCCAGCAGGUCAUCUGACGAGCACAGGGUCCGGCGAGUCGGACGUAUUUUGUGUGACCGAUCUGCACGGCGAUCUGUCGGCGAUCCAGGGCCUGCUGGUGGAGGGAAUCGCGACAGGCAUAUUAAUGCUGGUCGCGUGCGCGGUCUGGGACCCGAAGAACGUGAAGAACACGGACUCGGUGCCGGUGAGGUUCGGAUUGGCGGUCGCCGUGCUGGCCACGGCCUUUGGGCCCUAUACCGGCUGCAGCAUGAACCCCGCCAGGUCGUUCGGUCCAGCACUCUGGAACAACCAAUGGACUCACCACUGGAUCUACUGGUUCGGACCCAUUGGUGGUUCGCUGCUGGUCUCCUUCCUCUACAAGACCACUUUCGGCGCGAGGACCGAGGAAGAGGAAAGCGGGCCCGAGUCGGUAGCGCUGAACACCGUCACCAGUCACAAGUAAUCGUGUCUGAGCAGAAGCGACCGAGGCGCAGCUCGAUCGACGUUUCCUUCGGAAAACCACGGGAGAUUAAGCGAUUAACAGGGAACAGGGAGAGAGAGAAAGGGAGAGAGAGUGAGUGGAGGUGAGGCGGGCAGCUCCCGAAGUCCGCGGAACAUCCGACGAUCAAAGUGGAUCGGGCGGAGCUGGAAAGCUCGGAAUUCCCGUUCACCGCUCCGCGAAGUAAACCCGGCAGCCGACCACGUGUCCCAGCCUGGGAGACACCGAGCACAACCAUCUGGAUCCCAGGCCAUAGAUCGCGAUCAUAUUUCGCGAAAAUCGCGCAAGACUGUCCCCGUUCGACGCAGUGGUUCUCAAUUGCGUCCCGAUGAACAAAACACAACCAUGAUCUUAUAAUGUCAUUAGCUUAAUACCUUCGCUUAACAAUGUUGUAAUUGACGAUUUUAUAAUUUAGUUGUAUUGCAAUAUUGUAAUAUUAUGAUUGAUAGCGUUACGAUCACGUGCUAAUGUAAUUGGUGAUAUAAGUUUAUAAUGUUACGAUAAUGUUAUAAUUUACUUUGUUGUUGUUACUUUGCGUUGAUGAUAUAAUAUGUACUGUUACAGUUGAUAAUAUUAUAAUUUUAUAAGAUCACGAUCGAUAACGUUAUAGAUCUGUGUUGUUCUAGUUACCAAUAGUACAAUCGCAAUGUCUUAGUCAGCGAAGCUAGGAUCUCUAAGGAAACUAGCAAGAAUCACCUAGAUCUCCGAAAGAGAACCACUGCGUCCGCUCGUCAUUCAUCGAUCUAUCGCUCCGUAGAUCGCCUAGAGUCUCGUUUGAAUACUCCGUUCUGUCCCCGAGGUAUAUGUACCGCGGUGUACAUAAUCGUUACGUUUUUAUAGACCAAAUCCCAAGUCCAAUUGUCCAUUUUUAUUGCCCGAAAUUCUCAUCGAUCCUCACUGUUAAAAUAGAGAGACGAAAAUAAAAGAGGAAUAAAAGCUUCUCGUUCGAAUA